AUGGAUUUGAUGCAGCGGGAGGGAAAGUAUACUGUACCUCCACAAGCGGGGAGAAUACUGGGUGUGGAGUUUUCCGGGGUAAUUGAGAAACUUGGGGAUGGGAAUAUUGGGGAUUUUAAAGUUGGUGAUGAGGUUUUUGGACUUGCGUAUGGUGGGGCGUAUGCUGAGUACAUCGCAUCAUCUACAAAAAUGCUCAUUCACAAACCGGCUCAUAUAUCUUGGUCUGUAGCUGCUGGGAUCCCAGAGGUUAUGUAUGAAGUCUCUAUACCAGGAGAUAAUGUUCUAUGGCAUGCCGGAGCAUCCGCAGUGUCCAUUGCCGGAAUCCAACUAUCCAAAGCGGCUGGAGCCAACAAGAUACUCGUCACUGCUGGUUCCGAUGAGAAGAUCGCUUUCUGCAAGAGUUUGGGCGCAACACACGGCUUCAACUACAAUACCGAAAACUGGAUCCAAGGAGUUCUAGAUGCAACUGACGAACGUGGAGCAGAUGUAAUUGUUGACUUCAUUGGAAAGAAUUACGCCCAGGGAAACUUUGAAGCCGCAGCUAUGGACGGAAGGAUUGUCCAACUAGCCAGUCUUAGUGGAUCCAAACUCGAUAGCCUAGAUAUCACUCUCCUCGAAAUAGCGUUUGCGAUGGGAUGGAGUAGACUGAGAAGCAGACCUUUAGAUUACCAGGGGAAAUUAAGAGAUGUUUUGGUCGAAACUGCCUUACAGAAAUUUGCAGAUGGUACAUUCAAGGUUCCUAUCGAGAGAAUUUUUUCCUGGAAAGAUAUUAGGGAGGCUCAUACAUUUAUGGAAACCAAUCUGUCAAAAGGUAAAAUAAUUUGUACGGUGGACUGA